AUGCAUCUUACAAUUAUACGGGCGUACUUGCUUGUGUUAUUGGUAGCGUCUCCAUGUCAACUUCAAGGUUUCCUAUUGAAUUGCUUUCUUGUCCAGCUAACAAAACAUAUUCUCCAGAUGUCACCGCAAGUAAUGAUCACGUGAGAAACAUCGGGAAAAGAGCCUCCGGAGGUAAGUGAGGCUUUUUUGGUAAUGAUGGCAUUCGUUUUUUAAGCCAACAAUGUGUUCAUAUUCCGUGAUCAAGUAGGGUCUCUGGCCCGUUUUGCUAACGCGCUCUACAUCGAAGCCGUCAUCCUCAAUGACCAUCCUAUUGACGAGAAAAUCCUCACCGCUGAGUUGACGAACGUCGGAGACACGACUGUUAUCAACAAACUGUUGGCAUUGAAACCGCAAGAGAUUUAUCACAACUUGAAAAUGUUCAAAUAUCUACCGGACGUUCUCCCCGAUGAUCGUGAGUCCAUUCUGAACGGACUGGAAGCAGUUGUGCGAUUGACGCACCUUUUUUCCAAUCUCACCCAAUUGGUUGAGAUGAAAGAUCUUGAGCCGUAUGCGAAUGAAAUCGGCUGGCUCACAAACUUUGACUUCUCACCUUUCGCGAGUGAUAGCUCUGUGAAAGCUCUUUCGGCAUUGGAAAGCAUUAAAAAGUUGCCGGAUAAUGUGACCGAUAUGUUCAAGCACGCUGCUGUCGUAGAAUUGGGCAAAACAGCUCUCGAUGAUAUUGAAGCCUUUGAGAAGUACGCGAGUGAGAUACAACCUGUUUCAAACGAUCUAGCAUCUCAUACACAAAUAGCUGAUGGGCCCGCAAUAAUGAAGUCAGUCGUGGAGCAUGUUAAUUUUCUCGACACACUGACAAAAGAGCUCCCUGGUCUCAACUCGCUCGCAAAUUCUCUUGCAAGUUUGUCGAAAAAGGAAGUUGAGGACCUCCAACAAACCGUAAAACAAAGUGAGGAUUUCGAAAGUCUCUCCAACUUUAUGGAUGCGUUGCAAGAUGUUCUGAUAUCCACUGAGAAGCACUACGGAAGUGCCGUUUCCCGUCGAGAGACUCCUUCAUUUCCACGUGGAGUCAUCAGUCUGAACGAGAACUUCGAUAGUGUCAAGAGCAAAUGGAUUUGGGAGACUAUGGAGGCGAAAAGAGGCGAGGCAUUCAAAUUUCAUAUGAAGCCGUUGGAACGUGUGAGCAACGAGAUGGCAGACGUGGAAGGACGAUUGAGACAGAUUGCGGCGUGGGCGGAGUCUCUGAGCAUAAUUGAGACUAUGUCGAACACACUGAAAAGUUUGAUGGUUGUGAAGAAGAGCAAAACAUCGCUCCAAGAUGCGCUGAAGGAUGUGCAGACGAAAUUGAAGUCUCAGCCGAGAUUCAAUUCGGUAAAAAAAGCGAAAAGAAUCAAUGAGAUCUUCGAGUUUUGCGUACAACUGAAAAACGCCAAUGACGAAUCUAGUGAGAAGUGCAACGAAGCUCAGAACUAUGCCAGAACUCCAGUCGCUUAAAGAUCUCUCCAAGGUUAAGGAUGCUCUCAAACCUCUACAAAGUAUGCCACAAUUCGCAGAUGCCGAGAGAGAAGUUGCAAAGUUGAAAGGAGACAAGAACAUUGAAGCUGUCAUCAGCAACAUGAGAACUGUGCAAAAAGAAGUGGAAGAAGUGCGAAUGAUUGCCAGAACUAUUCAAUCGAUCGCGUCUCGCCUCGUCACUUUCAAAGACGAGUUGGCUAAUUUGCGGCGAGAUGUUUCGCUUGCUGCCGUAAGCACUAGCCAUUUCUUCAAAUCAAUUGGAAUCGCUUCUGAAAGUUUUGACAUUCUGUCGAAAGCCUACAAAUUUGCCACCAGCAUAAAAGCAUUUCACGCGUCGCCAGUCUAUUUCCAUCAAGUCCAGUCGCUUAUCGACGAUGUCUCGCAGUGUUCCAUUAAAAUCUCUGCUCUACUACGAAUGAUGAGCGACAUGGCUGAGAACAAGUUGCUCCGUGGGAAUGCGCAAGCGUUGGAGGUGUUCAAAGAGUCGGCUGGAGUCGCACUGAAGCUAGCAAAUGGAGAGAAGCUAGCGGGCUUUGUGGCCGAUGCGAUACUUCUCAAGGAAGAGCUCAAGACGAUUUCCACUCACGCCGAAGACAUUGACCGCGAAAUAGGCGCGUUGUCGAAUUCCAAAAUACGAGAUGAGGUGCGUAUUGGAUGGCCGAAUGCGGCGCAAGUGAAGAAUUCGUUGGGAACGCUUUACCAUGAUUUAACAACUUUGGAGAAAGAAAUACCGGAGACUGGAGCAACUGACAUCCCUUCAACUGGUACCCUUCUCUCGAAACUCAAGAUUGUGAAAAAUCCAGGGAUUGAUUUGGCGGCAGUCCGCAAAUCGAUCAAUCUUCUCCACAUCAGCAGCUCCAGUCAACUCGUGGCAAAAGUACGCAAUGUGCUCGAAAAAUGCUCGAGUUUGCAUCUAGACUUUGUCAGUGCUCAAUCACAAUUGGACGGAAUCGCCGACUCGGUGAAUAGUUUCAAUGCAAAGUUGACGGCUCUCCUAAUCUCGAAUGCGGAAGUCGUCGUCGCGGAGAAACUCCCGUCAGCCACGUUGCCGAUCAGCAAUCCGAUAUUGUAGGUAUCUUCCUGAAACUCACUCUAAAAUUUAUUUCAGUUUCCAUAAAAACAAGGUCGCCUUCUGGGUGACUUUCUGCAUUCUACUCGUUGCCCAAUCUGCUUUGCACGCCUUCAUGUACUUUAGAGAACGAAAAACCAUAAAAUCUGAAAUUAACGCUGAGACCGGAAAGAGGCCGAUUAUUAAUCAAGUGAUAAUACCUGAAGAUAAGAAGCCGGACGAAGAAGAAGAAGAGGAGAAAAACACUCCGGUUAAACACGAAGUUAGCAAGGAGAAAAAAGCGUUGGUAAAAUCUCUGGUUAGGUAUCCAGCAAUAAACAGGGCCGAUUGCAGAGGACACAAAGGAAAGUAACUAGACAAGACCUACAAAAGUUGCAAGAUUAUAUCAAAAGAAGGAAGGCAGAGCAUAAGUCAGAAACGAACACAAAAAAAUUCGUGAAACGAGGGCCAAUAUACAUUCCGAUGAAUCCAGAUGUGAGUGAUCAGUCAAACGCUUGUGAAGAUUCUCAUUGUUGUCAGAUACCGCCUCCGCAGCCUCAAGCCGAAAACAUCACAUUGGACCACGUCGAGUAUUUUCCACAGGGCAACGAAAUGUUUGACGUCGGCAGUGACGUCGACGAUAUUGAAAUCGAUUCGUCGACAAUUGGGGAGCCAUCGACAAUUGGAGGGACAACCAGUGAAGAUCAUCCACGUGAGGCUUUUCGAGAAGCAUUUCUGAAAUUGUCCCGAUUCUUUUCAGCACCAAAAGAGGAGGAUCAUAAGCCGGAACAAGGUUACAAGUCAUGA